GAGAGCCUCUGCCGCUUCAGUCCGACCCGAGCGGAGUCAAUAUGAAGAGCUCCGGCUCCCUGAGCCAGCCAGGGGCCAUGUUUUUGUUGGUCGUCUGCCCCCUGCUGGCGAUGCUGCAAGGGGCCACCAGUAAAGCUGAGAGCGGCUACCUCCGGGACUCUGACCCAGACAGGUGUCUCAGGCAUCACUUCGUGGAGACCAUCACCCAUCCCAUCUACAAGUGCAACUCAAAGAUGGUGCUCCUGGCCCGUUGUGAGGGUCACUGCGGACGCACCUCGCGCUCCGACCCGCUGGUGUCGUUCAGCUCGCUGCUCAAGCAGCCCUUCAAGAGCACCUGCUUCUGCUGCCGGCCGCGCACCUCCAAGCUGAAGGCCGUGCGUCUGCGCUGCUCCGGGGGCACGCGCAUCACCGCCACCUACCGCUACAUCCUGGCCUGCAGCUGUGAGGGCUGCAGCUGA